AUGGAUGCUUUCAAGGAAGGAGCAGCAGCUGACAUGCGCUUGAAUCCGAAGGGUAUACAAUACAGGGUUGUCCAUUGGAAUCCAGACCAGAAGCCUGAGAGACAGUGGAGGGGGGUAUCCGACAACGUGCAGAUCCGAAAAACUUAUUGUUUGUCAGCGCGGAGUGUUGGGGACAAAACUGAGCAUGUGCAAUGGCGGAACCUUUUCUUUUCAGACCUGAUGGGCACAACCUCUGGUUCACGAGUCACCUUGUGCAGUGGCUUGGAGAAGAUUCCAGAUAAAGACAGGCAGUGGCGCAGAGGCCACUACACUCAGAAGAAUUGGGUUGCGGAGUUUCCAACUAAAACCAAUGCAUUGAUUCAUCGGCAUGAAGAUUUGGGUUCGCAUGACACAGGAACACUUGGCGAUUCAAUCGAGAAGAAAAUUGCACGCUAUGAGCGUCACCUGGCCACAAAACGAAAGAAGUCAGCUUUGAAAAGAAGCCGUGCUCUGCAAGACUGCGAGUCUAGCAGCAGCACCAGCAGCAGCAGCAGCUAG